CCGUCUCUUUCCCGAUUAUCCCCACCUCAACCGACUGUUAAAUUAGUAGGGAUGAGAUCGGUGUUGAUCUGAUAGGUCAGAGGAUUCAAAAUUUCAGGGGAUAAUUUUUUGAUAAUUUAGUUGAAUUAAUAUUAUAAUGGGAUAAUUUUUUGAUAAUUUUUAGUCAGAGUAAUUUUUCUUCAGCGACACGCCGCACCUUCUCUCCCCUCCUCGCUGUCCCCUGUCGAUUUUGAGACGUCAAAAAACCCUAACAAAUCCGGAGAAGAAAACUUCCCGCUGAAGCGAACGUAAAGGGCUCGAAAAUCAUCAGUCUUCUUCAAGCUACUGCCUUCCUUCCCUUUCACAGCUUCACGUAGCGUCCAAUUGUACUGUCCCAACAAGGUGCAGAUCAGAUCCGAUCCCUGCAGGGCAGCUCAGAGCAUUUCCUCUGUGAUAUAGCUAUGGAUUCUGAGCCGUUUCAGUAUAGACUAUGAAGCAUCUUGUUUGGAGCCCAUUCGCUGGGCUUUUAGAAAUUUGAGCUGAAUGCUUUGAUAGACGGCAGUGAUGGAAGAUGUCCUUACUGAGAUUCCACCACCAUCAAGGUUCUUCCAGGAAGAUCUCAAUAAUUUCGUUCCUCGCGCUCCACCUCUUCCUUCUCCUUUUCUCAUAUUCUCCAAACCUAAACCCAGUGGGCCCCUCCGAGACUCUCUCCUCAUUAUCGCCCUCUCCUCCCCAUCCCUUUACAUCUUCCACCACGUACGCUCGAAAAACCUCAUUGGAAGUCUCAUAAUCCCUGAGACCCGUUUUGCUGGAAUCUCUGCCGAACCUUCUCUUGGUGAUAAAUCAUGCAACAUCUACUCCUUAAAGAAUACUGCUAGCUCAGUUAUACUCGUAUCUGUUCAGAGUUCCGUGGCUCCAGAGAGAUGUCAUGCUAUAGCAAAGAUGCUUAUCGGUGAGCAGAUUGUUCCUGACAGAGUACUUAUCCUGGCCUCCGUUCAGAGCCAGAAUUUCCGUGGCAGGCUUUCAGCUGAUGAGUCAUUUGCUCUCAAGCUGGAGACAUCUAAGGAAAGAAAAGAUUCAGUCCGUGGCUCGGGAAGUUCAUCCCUGUUGAAGGGUUUGGAGUACUUUCCAUCUGGAAGUAUGGUAGACGGCCUAGCUGCUGCUCUGUUGGCCCGUUGUGAAAUGAGGAACAUCAAAGGGGCGCUCUGUGUUUCUUGGCCCGAAUUCGAUUCCUCUCUAGUGUCCCUGCUCAAAUCUAUUCUGCAGAAGAAUGUGUUGCCCGGCGUUGACUUUGGUCUAUGCAAUGGUGGGAGAGAUGAUCUAAGAUCUUUUGGUUUUAAGGAUCAUUCUUCGCUUGAUUCUGAUUUGUAUGCUUGACGAUUGAUGAAGUUGAAACGCCGAACUUUAGCGAACGAAGUUUUGUAAUUGAAUUGGGUUCUCUAAACACAUUUCUUGAGUUUUAUUAUAUGUUCCUUAUCUUGUGGCGAA